GGGUGGACUGUGAUCCAGCGGUGAGCCAUCAUGCCGCUCGGCUUGGAUGCACCCAAAUGAUGCCCCGUGAACUUUGGGAUCUCGGCUCGGCCACCGUGCUCUCCACUUCCCCACUGAUCUUGAUAACAGCCUGAAAGACACCAUGUGGGAGCAGCUGAAGAAGGCCUUGCUGAGCCCAUCUUCCGUCAGCCUGGCAACUGCCUGGAAAGGGACCCAGGCGUUCUGGAGCAGGAAUGGCCUCUUGACCCUCUCCGUGCUCUCCGUGGUGACAGGAUGCAUUGUGGGAUUUUCGUUGAGGACGCUGGAGUUGUCCGAGCUGGAGAAGCAGUACUUCUCUUUCCCCGGAGAGCUUCUGAUGAGGAUGUUAAAGAUGCUAAUCUUGCCACUGAUUACCUCCAGCCUCAUGUCUGGACUGGCCACCAUGGACUCAAAAGCCUGUGGGAAAAUGGGGAUCAUCACCAUUACGUAUUACCUCUGGACAACCUUCUUGGCUGUCACGACUGGGAUCAUCCUCGUGAUCAGCAUCCACCCCGGAGCUGCUGCACAGAAGGAGGAGUACACGGUCGGCAAGGUGGUGCUCAGCUCCGCCGACGCUUUGCUGGACCUCAUCAGGAAUAUGUUCCCAUCCAAUCUCAUUGAGGCAUCAUUCCAGCAGUACCGGACAGUUCUCGUCCCUGUGGUGAAGUCCUCGGGGGUCCCAAAGAUGCCAAGGAAACCUCUGAGUUUCAUUUACUUUGUGCCAGACACCAGAAACCCAGGGAUUCAGCAGCCAGUGCUCCUUGAGAUCACACCGUCCCCAGAAAUGACCUACCGGACCCUCCCCGGCAGCAACAAUGAAAUGAAUGUCCUGGGAAUAGUGAUCUUCUCAGCCACAAUCGGCCUUCUCUUGGGGAAGAUGGGCGAGCGCGGGGCACCCUUGGUGAACGUGUGCCAGUGCCUGAACGAGGCGGUGAUGAAGAUCGUGGCCGUGGCCGUUUGGUACUUUCCUUUUGGUAUUGUCUUCUUGAUUGCUGGGAAGAUUUUGGAGAUGGAAGACCCCUCCGUGAUCGGGAAGAAACUGGGCCUCUAUGCGAUGACGGUGGUGACUGGCUUGGCCAUCCAUAGCCUGUGCUUUCUGCCUCUGUUGUUUGUGCUCAUUACCAAGAAGAACCCUUUCUCUUUCAUGCGGGGCAUCCUCCAAGCCCUGCUGAUUGCGCUGGCAACCUCGUCCAGCUCCGCCACUCUGCCCAUCACCCUGAAGUGUCUUCUAGAAAACAACGGGAUCGACCGGCGGAUCGCGCGGUUCGUCCUUCCGGUUGGCGCAACCAUCAACAUGGAUGGAACUGCCCUCUAUGAGGCAGUGGCCGCCAUAUUUAUUGCACAGGUCAAUGAAUAUGACUUGGAUUUGGGGCAGAUCAUAACCGUCAGCAUCACAGCCACAGCAGCCAGCAUUGGGGCAGCCGGGAUUCCCCAGUCAGGUCUUGUCACGAUGGUGAUCGUGCUAACCUCCGUCGGCCUUCCCACGGAAGACAUCACUCUGAUCGUUGCCGUUGACUGGGCCCUGGACCGACUGCGCACUAUGACCAAUGUCCUGGGUGACGCGCUGGCAGCAGGGAUCAUUGCGCACGUCUGCCGGGAAGAUUUUGCUCCAAAACCGGAGAGAAAAGCCCUUCUUACCAGCUCAGGCCGCUGCAGAAGAACGAUCAGGCUUGGAGCAGGUUUUGCGUUUCAAGCAGCUGAUUCAGGAUGUUGAGAGAACCAAGAAACAUCAGCUGCUGCAGAAACAUCAACAAAACCCCUGUCUGCUACUUUGCAGAAGAGUAGCACGUGAGAUGAUCUCAUGGAACCCUUCGUAAGAGGAGAAAAUGAUCGGAUAACUGGCUUUAUUCUUCACAAUACCUUUGGACACAAAAAUGGCAUGGAGGCUGUGCGAAGGGAGAAGGAAACGGGAAUCGAUCUGGUCAGUGUAUUUUUUAAAAAAUA